UAUAUCACAAUGAUGUCAGAAGGAUCAAUUGUUUCCCUGCACGAGUUUCACGCAUUUGUCGUAAGUUGUAUGAAAGCAAUUGGGAUCUCAGAAAAACAUGGAUCAUCACUGGCUGAUCUUCUGGUAUCUGAAGAUUACAGGGGUCACUACAGUCACGGCUUGAACAGACUGGACAUGUAUAUUACGGACGUGAAAACGAAGACAACCGUGGCAACAGGAAAUCCAGAAAUUGUCAAGAAAACCAUAGCAACGGCGCUGGUAGAAGGCAACAAUAUACUAGGACCUGUGAUUGGUCGGUUUUGCAUGGACUUUGCCAUAAAGAAAGCAAAAGAAGCCGGUAUUGGUUGGUUGUCGGCGCGAGGUUCAAAUCAUUUUGGAAUUGCUGGAUGGUAUGGUCUGUAUGCAUUAAAGCACGGAAUGAUUUAAGUUCAACACAUAAAGUACGGAAGCAAAUUGAUGCCAUUUAAUUUUGCAAUUACUUAUUGUCUUUAUAUAUAGUUAGAAAAUGACAGCAAGUACAUGUAUUGAAUGUAAGAGAAAUUGCACGAAGUCUAACUUUGACACUGUUUUAAAAAGUUCAAAAGUUAUUUACUAUUAGAAAAACAAAACAUAGCCAGGUGUCUCUCUAUUGUAAUAAAAAUGUUUAACAAGUUUU